GGACCCGGUCGGAGCUGGCACUGUGUGCGGAGCACUGGGCAGUCCUCGGUGUCAGAGCCGCUGGCUGGAUCCUGAGAUCUGUCCCAGCCAUGGCUCCACGCUGCUGGCGCUGGUGGCACUGGUCGGCGUGGCCUCGGAUCCGGCCGCCUCCCGCCGGGAGCACCCCGAGCUCCCACCUGCGGUUCUCCACACAGGAGCAGACCCCCCAGGUCUGUGUGGUAGGCAGCGGCCCAGCCGGCUUCUACACUGCCCAGCACCUGCUAAAGCACCACGCCCGGGCCCACGUGGACAUCUAUGAGAAGCAGCUCGUGCCCUUCGGCCUGGUGCGCUUCGGCGUGGCACCUGAUCACCCCGAGGUGAAGAAUGUCAUCAACACCUUUACCCAGACGGCACGCUCGGACCGCUGUGCCUUCCACGGCAACGUGGUCGUGGGCAGAGACGUGACGGUGCCAGAGCUGCGGGAAGCAUACCACGCCGUGGUGCUGAGCUACGGAGCAGAGGACCAUCAGACUCUGGAAAUUCCUGGGGAGGAGCUGCCCGGUGUGUUCUCAGCCCGGGCCUUUGUGGGCUGGUACAAUGGGCUUCCUGAGAACCAGGAGCUGGCGCCGGACCUGAGCUGUGACACAGCGGUGGUUCUGGGCCAGGGGAACGUGGCUCUGGAUGUGGCCCGGAUCCUGCUGACCCCCCCGGAGCACCUGGAGAAAACGGACAUCACAGAGACUUCCCUGAGGGCGCUGAGGCAGAGUCGGGUGAAGAUGGUGUGGAUAGUGGGCCGACGUGGACCCCUGCAGGUGGCCUUCACCAUAAAGGAGCUUCGGGAGAUGAUUCAGUUACCAGGAACCCGGCCCAUUUUGGAUCCUGCGGAUUUCUUGGGCCUCCAGGACAGAAUCCAGGAGGUGCCCCGCCCCAGGAAGCGGCUGACGGAACUGCUGCUCCGAACAGCCCGGGAGAAGCCAGGGCAGGAGGAGGCUGCCCGCCAGGCACUGGCCUCCCGAGCCUGGGGUCUCCGUUUUUUCCGAAGCCCCCAGAAGGUGCUGCCCUCACCAGACGGGCGGCGGGCGGCAGGCAUCCGCCUGGCGGUCACCAGGCUGGAGGGAGUCGGUGAGACCGCCCGGGCAGUACCCACUGGAGACACAGAGGACCUCCCUUGUGGCCUGGUGCUGAGCAGUGUUGGGUAUAAGAGCCGCCCCAUUGACCCCAGUGUGCCCUUUGACCUGAAACUUGGUGUCAUCCCCAAUAUGGAGGGCCGGGUUGUGGAUGUGCCAGGCCUCUACUGCAGCGGCUGGGUAAAGCGGGGGCCCACAGGGGUCAUCGGCACUACCAUGACCGACAGCUUCCUCACCAGCCAGAUGGUGCUGCAGGACCUGGAGGCCGGGCGGCUGCCGCCUGGCCCCAGACCUGGCUAUGCGGCCAUCGAGGCCCUGCUCCGCAGCCGAGGGGUCCGGCCCGUCUCUUUCUCGGACUGGGAGAAGCUGGAUGCUGAGGAGGUGUCCCGGGGCCAGGGUGUUGGGAAGCCCAGGGAGAAGCUGCUGGAUCCUCAGGAGAUGCUGCGGCUGCUGGGGCGCUGAGCCCAGACCCCAGCGUGGCAGGGAGGGAGAGUGCUGUACGGAGGACAGGACGGGGCCCGGGCCAGCCUGGGCGGACUCUGUACCACAGCUGCUUCCCCGGCCCGCCCUGGCACGGCGCCCUGGCUGCCUCUUUCAGGGACCAGUGAGCACUACCUCCUGCCAGAAGGUUGCCUUUGCCAGUGUGGGCUUAACUCUCAGCAAGCAGAUGACCCCAGUUAGGGAUGGGCGGAGGUGCAGGCUGACCUUCCUCCCUCUCACUUCUGCUGGACUCUGGAGGGUCACCGGGUCCAGAAUAUGCUGAAAAUAAAACUGCUGCA